CGAACCUUAAUUUUACAAAUCAUAUCAUGAAUUGGGAAUUAGCUUUCAUUUGUUGGUGAUUGGAUUUUAGCACAAGGGAAGACAACAAGAUCUGCUAGAUCAGAAUACGACUACUAGAUCGAGAACAAGCUAACUAGCCAUCCAUCAUUGAUCAAAGGUUCAAACCACAUCCAUCCGAUCUGAAAAUUUGAUCCCAUUUUUCAGGUAAUUAAGAAUAAUUUAAAAGGAAAAAAUAAUACAUGGGCAUAUAUACCAACAUCGAGCAUGUAGGUCUGCACUCAUGACUAAUUUAAAAUAUUUUUCUCUAACUCAUUUCAAUAUUUAUUAUUAGUUGGGUGUGUAAUAUAGACUAUAGAGAGGCCAGGGAGCAAUGGAGAUUCAACAUUUCAGCCAUCAUCAUCCCUUGCAUACGUUAGUCCUCCUCAACAAAGUUGGUGUUGAUCGCUGUAAAAUAUGCUUUCUAAUAUUAGCAACCGAUUCUGAUGAUUAUUACGGAUGUAAAGAGUGCAGUUUCUACGUACAUAAAUCAUGUGCUGAAUAUCCCCAUGAGUUGCAACACCACUCACAUCCCAAACAUCUUCUUCUCCUCAAACUACAUCGGUACGAACGAUGCGCUAACUGCAACUUCAAACAAUUCAACUUUAAAUAUAAGUGUCCUCAUUGUCAUGAGUUUUAUCUUUGUCCUAAAUGUGCAUUUCUACCACUCACCGAAAAAUCUGAAACUCACGACCACCCAUUGACCCUUAUGCAGAAAUUAUUGCCAUUCAAGUGUGAUGGAUGUGAGGCCGAAGACAAUGGCAUGUUUUAUUUUUGUUCCACUUGUUUGUUAGUGGUCCAUCCAAAAUGUACAUCUUUACCAUUGAUUGUACGGCCAUCCACUAUAGAAGUUGCAAUUCACAGCCAUCCAUUAACCCUUGAGAGGAAAUGGUUCUCAGUCGCUUGCAAUGCUUGUGGGAAUAAAAUCGAGAACGCAUUUUACUUUUGUGCCACUUGUUCAUUUGUGGCCCACCUAGAUUGUGCAUUUUUACCAUCAACUGUCAAAGUCAUAAGGCACAAGCAUCCUCUCAAUCUCAUCUACUCUCUUCCAGCCGACCAAUCCAAACGUAGAGUCUGCCAACUAUGUGCUAAGACGGUAGAUAUGAACUACUGGGUUUAUUGUUGCUCAAGUCAAGAUUUUGUUGCUCACCUUCAUUGUGCUACAAGCAACAAAGAGAAAGAUGAAACAUUUGUGCCGAAACAUGAAGAAGAUGACUUAUUUCCAUACAUUGUUAAUAAGACCAAACGAGGAGGAGACGGAACUGAAAUUCAUACAGAAAUCAAGCAUUUCAGUCACGAGCAUGACUUAAAACUCACCGACGGGCUUGGGAUCGACAAAAAGUGCGACGGGUGCAUUCGGCCUAUAUUUCCUCCAUUUUAUUCAUGUGUUCAAUGUGGAUUCUUUCUUCACAAAUCUUGUGUUGAAUUAAAAAGUGAAUUGCAACACUCACUUCAUCGACACCCCCUCAAGCUCCUCUUGAGAGAAAAAAGUCUGAAUUUUCAGUGUGAUGCUUGUCGGCUUCAGUGUAACGGCUUCACUUAUUGUUGUCACAAAUGCAAUUUUGACCUCGAUAUCCAAUGCAGUUUAAUCCCUGAUAUCCUUACACAUCCUAGUCACGAACAACACCAACUAAUUCUUGCUAGUUUAUCAAAAGAUAGAAUUUGUAGUGUUUGUGGAUCAAGUGGAAGAUGCAAUUUUAGUUGUGUUGAUUGUGAUUUCACUUUGGACUUCAAGUGUUUGACACAACCGCAUAUGAUGAACUAUGAGAAACAUGAUCAUCCAUUCCCACUUUGUUAUACUUCAGAAGAUGACUCUGGUGAAUAUUACUGUGAUAUUUGUGAAGAAAAGCGAGAUCCAAAGUGUUGGUUCUAUUAUUGUGCUGAUUGCAGUUAUCCUGCUCAUCUUGAAUGCAUUCGCGGAAAACAUCCAAAUCUCAAGUUUGGAAGAACUUUCAAAUAUGAUAUUCAUCAGCAUCCUCUUGCUUUGGUUCAGAAAACUUUUGCUCAAUGCUCGGAAUGCGGUGGUGUUGGUGAAGAAGAUUUAGCUUAUGAAUGUGCCGAGUGUAAUUUCAUUGUUCACCCAUUCUGCACAGAAUGAAAUUGAGAGAAAGACAUGGUUGGCAUUUACAUGUAAUAGAAAUUACAUGAAGAACAGUUGUAAAGAUCACUUCAUGUGUAUCCACUUACUUUCUUGUUAA